UUCCGGUCUCCUGUUAGUAGGUCACUUGUUACCCACCGGUGUCAUGGCUACGGAGCUGCGUGCAUUUGUCCCCGGUUUGCCAGCUCUUAGUGUGCGGAGCUGGGCUCCUUUGCUCCCGCGGCGCUUUUGCCCACACCAGGGGCUAGGCGGGUAUCUGCUAGGCGUGGGUACAGAGGGCAUCUCGGUUUGGAGGCCAGGUGAUAGGGAGGAAGACAAACCGGUAGUGUGGGAGGGUGACAGGGCAGAGAAUACACAGGACAAGGGCCUUGUCUCAGUGCAAGAGCUGGUGAGAGAGGAAGAGCAGGGCUUGGGGCACAGGAGCACACACAUGGCAGCAAAUGAUGCCAUGCUAAGGGGGCGGGUGUGCAGGGAAGAGCAGGGCAUGGGGCAUACAGUGCAAGCUACCCAUAGUGCAUUACAAGAUGCCAUGAUGAAGGGGCAAGUUGGCAGGGAAGAGCAGGGCAUGGGGCAUACAGUGCAAGCUUCCCAUAGUGCAUUACAAGAUGCCAUGAUGAAGGGGCAAGUUGGCAGGGAAGAGCAGGGCAUGGGGCAUACAGUGCAAGCUACCCAUAGUGCAUUACAAGAUGCCAUGAUGAAGGGGCAAGUUGGCAGGGAAGAGCAGGGCAUGGGGCAUACAGUGCAAGCUACCCAUAGUGCAUUACAAGAUGCCAUGAUGAAGGGGCAAGUUGGCAGGGAAGAGCAGGGUAUGGGGCAUACAGUGCAAGCUACCCAUAGUGCAUUACAAGAUGCCAUGAUGAAGGGGCAGGUGUGCAGGGAAGAGCAGGGCAUGGGGCAUACAGUGAAGGCUACCCAUAGUGCAUUGCAACAUGCCAUGCUGAGUGGGCAGGUGGGCAGGGAAGAGCUGGGUUUGGGUCAUACAGUACAGACCACACACAGUACAUUGCAAUAUGCCAUGCUGAGGGGGCAGGUGGGCAGGGAAGAGCUGGGUUUGGGUCAUACAGUACAGACCACACACAGUACAUUACAAGAUGCCAUGCUGAGGGGGCAGGUGGGCAGGGAAGAGCUGGGUUUGGGUCUUACAGUACAAACCACACACAGUACAUUACAAGAUGCCAUGCUGAGGGGGCAGGUGGGCAGGGAAGAGCUGGGUUUGGGUCAUACAGUACAGACCACACACAGUACAUUACAAGAUGCCAUGCUGAGGGGGCAGGUGGGCAGGGAAGAGCUGGGUUUGGGUCUUACAGUACAAACCACACACAGUACAUUACAAGAUGCCAUGCUGAUGGGGCAGGUGGGCAGGGAAGAGCUGGGUUUGGGUCAUACAGUACAGACCACACACAGUACAUUACAAGAUGCCAUGCUGAGGGGGCAGGUGGGCAGGGAAGAGCAGGGUUUGGGGCAUACAGUGCAGGUCACACAGAGUGCAUUAGAAGAUGCCAUGAAGUGUGAGCAGAUGGGCACAAAUUCUAGUGUGCAGCAAGAGGGCAAGGAGAUACACAGACUCGCCCAAACCACUGCAAGUGCCAGGGAUUCUGUAGCUAGUCCCUUGCUGUCUCCCUCCAAUCUUCAGCCUUUUUUAGUCUCUAGCUUUGCUCGGGUCCAGGGGCUCCUAAGGCUUCGUGUGGCCCCAGUUGAUGCAGAGUCUCUGGUGCGCACAGGUAGGCUGUACGAAGUGAGUGGGAUGCUGGAUCGGGGAUCUGCUUUGUGGGUGAGCAAGAACCGUCUGCGGGAGCUGGGCCUGUAUCACCGCGAGUGGGUGUGGGUAUCCUUGCCUGUAGAUAGUGUACCUCUGGGCUCCUCAGAUAAAGCAGAGGAACAUCUUCAGGGUUUGUGGGCACUUGGAAGAGGGUGCAGGAAACAUCUUGCCAUGAUUGUAGCUGCAGAGCUUUGGUUGGCGCAUCCUUGUGAGCAAGGUCAUCUUUUGAACCCCUCUGCAGUUCUUUCUUGUACAGACAGCCUGGCACAGGGCGCUGCUGUUAUAUCUGAUACUCUUCUGUUUAACUUAACAGCUGGGACAGACACAAUCAGCGAAGUUAUGAUAGAGAGAUUCAGGGGGGAAUCUUCACCAGAUGUACAAGAGGGCAGUGGGACUGCCCUGGCCGUCCCCCCAUAUGCAGACAAGUUGUAUAUAGAGCUGGUGCGGUCCCCUUGUUACAGCAGUGAGCUCUCGUACAGCCAGGCCCUAUACCAGCACUUUCAGACACCUCGGGUAGUACAGCGAGGUGAUAUUUUGUGCGUCUCAUCUUUGUCACUUGCGGAAUUUUCAGAGAACAGCCCUGCGACAUCGCUCAGGUCUCCCACCUGGUGGACACUAACCCAAGGGGACCAGAUGGGAGAUUGUGACAAGUAUAGUACAUUAGCCAAUCACAGUGACUCAGGCAUAAACGCACCCCUUCAUACAAUUUUGAUUGUGACUAUGACUAAGUUUCCUCCCAUGUGCUUGGCACAGGAGCCAGCAAUCAUUAAAGAUCUACACAUUGCUAUACAAUGGGUUGUCAAGAAUGAGGCACUGUUCUGUGGGCGCAUAACCAUGCCAAGUUAUGUGUCAAUGAAUGAAGAUGACCGCCAGAAGCCCAUAGAUAACGUGAUGCAAAGAGAAGAACCAGAAGCAAGGGAGCCAUUCCUCUUUGUAUUUCAGCACAGAGAAGAUAUGGAGUUGUUUUUGCAGGCAGGUGUCACACAGAGUUUUGUGCCGUCGCUUCCCUCUUGUGAUGGUCAUGUAUUAUGGAGCAGUCUUUCUCCAGCUGGUUUGUCACACGGUGUAGAUGAGAUCUGUCGCGUGAUGCAGCCAUAUGUGCGGGACCAUGUUGUAUGCCAAACACAGCAUAACAAUGAGAAUAUAACAAUAUUAUAUCACACAAACCAGGUCCAUGUGAGGAAUAGAACACCUCGCAAACCUGGGAGCUGCCUUGGCUGUCGGGCAGAAUGUGAGGUAGAAUGUGCAAAGUUAUGCAGAGACAGCAGCGCCGGCAGUGUGGCACGCCUGCACUCAGUGUUCUCAUUGGCCCAGGAGUUCCGACCUUGUAUCCUAUUGCUUCGUCAUGUGGAGCUUCUGGGGAGAGAGCGAGAUGGGUAUGGGGAGGACAGUAGAGUCAUAGCUGCUCUUCGCUCCCUACUCCUUGGAGAAAGCACAGUGCGCAGGGAUUUUCCUAUCCUUAUUGUUGCCACCACGUCGUGUCCCCGUGACAUUCCUGUAGAUGUGCAGACAUGCUUCCUCCAUGAGGUUUCCCUAGAGUCACCAACUGAAGACCAGCGCUACUCCCUCCUGACUGCACUCACCUCUCCGCUACCACUCAGCAGAGACAUCAACCUUGCGCAUCUGGCUCGCAGGACAGCGGGUUUUGUUUUGGGCGAUCUUUGUGCUCUUUUGGCUAAUGCUGGACGCAUUGCUUGUGCAAGGACAAGACGCUCCUGUGCUAUGACCGAAUGCGAUGAAGAAAGUGCUUUGGCUUCUGGUUUUCCUCUUGUAUCUCAAGAUUUUGAUGAUGCACUUUUAGAAUUGCAGGAUGCUCAGGCACAGGUUGUUGGGGCUCCCAAGGUCCCCUGUGUGCGCUGGCAUGACAUUGGCGGCUUGCUGGAUGUGAAACGUCAGCUCCUGGACACAGUACAGCUUCCGCUUGAACACCCUGAACUGCUAUCUCUUGGGUUGCGUAGGUCAGGAGUUCUGCUCUACGGUCCCCCAGGGACAGGCAAAACUCUCCUGGCUAAAGCUGUGGCUACAGAAUGUGCCAUGACCUUCCUAAGUGUGAAGGGACCAGAACUGAUAAACAUGUACGUUGGGCAAAGUGAAGAAAAUAUUAGAGAAGUCUUUUCCCGUGCCCGGGCAGCUGCGCCCUGCAUCAUUUUCUUUGACGAGUUGGACUCAUUAGCUCCUAAUCGUGGAAAAAGUGGUGAUUCCGGGGGAGUGAUGGACAGGGUGGUCUCCCAGCUGCUGGCUGAGCUUGACGGUCUUCACUCCUCAAAUGAUGUCUUUGUCAUCGGAGCCACCAAUCGUCCUGACCUUCUGGAUUCUGCCUUACUGCGGCCUGGGAGGUUUGACAAGUUGCUUUAUGUUGGUGUAAAUGAAGAUCGUGAGUCCCAACUGCGAGUCCUGGAGGCCAUAACACGCAAGUUUUCCCUGCACUCUGGUGUGGAUCUGUCACUUGUAAUAGAGCGAUGUCCUGCUGCACUGACCGGCGCUGACCUUUACUCCCUCUGUGCUGAUGCGAUGAUGAGUGCUAUUAAAGAGAAGGUUCAGCGACUAGAGACAGGAUGUGCGGAGCCGGCUGCAGAGCUGCUUGUGAACAUGGAGCAUUUUAUGCUUUCUGUAGAUCGUCUGCAGCCAUCUGUGUCACAGAAUGAACUUCAGCGAUAUGAGAGGAUCCGCAAGCAGUAUGAUUCUGCCGAGUGUGCAACACACCAAUGAGAGUCUGAACAUAGUACCAUCCUGAGUGUGCCAUAUGCCAGGAUCUACUUGCAGCGCUAUUCUGCAAAGCGUGCCAUGAACCAAUCAGAGCAUCUGCACACAGUAUGGUUCUACAGAGCGUGCCACUAACCGAUGAGAUCAUCUGCACACAGUAUGGCUCUACAGAUCAUGCCACUAACCAAUGAGAGCAUCUGCACACAGUAUGGUUCUACAGAGCGUGCCACUAACCAAUGAGAUCAUCUGCACACAGUAUGGUUCUACAGAGCGUGCCACUAACCAAUGAGAUCAUCUGCACACAGUAUGGCUCUACAGAUCAUGCCACUAACCAAUGAGAGCAUCUGCACACAGUAUGGUUCUACAGAGCGUGCCACUAACCAAUGAGAGCAUCUGCACACAGUAUGGCUCUACAGAGCGUGCCACUAACCAUUGAGAGCAUCUGCACACAGUAUGGUUCUACAGAGCGUGCCACUAACCAUUGAGAGCAUCUGCACACAGUAUGGCUCUACAGAGCGUGCCACUAACCAAUGAGAUCAUCUGCACACAGUAUGGUUCUACAGAGCGUGCCACUAACCAAUGAGAGCAUCUGCACACAGUAUGGUUCUACAGAGCGUGCCACUAACCAUUGAGAGCAUCUGCACACAGUAUGGCUCUACAGAGCGUGCCACUAACCAAUGAGAGCAUCUGCACACAGUAUGGUUCUACAAAGCUUGCCACUAACCAAUGAGAGCAUCUGCACACAGUAUGGCUCUACAGAGCAUGCCACUAACCAUUAAGAGCAUCUGCACACAGUAUGGCUCUACAGAGCGUGCCACUAACCAAUGAGAUCAUCUGCACACAGUAUGGUUCUACAGAGCGUGCCACUAACCAAUGAGAGCAUCUGCACACAGUAUGGCUCUACAAAGCUUGCCACUAACCAAUGAGAGCAUCUGCACACAGUAUGGCUCUACAGAGCGCGCCACUAACCAAUGAGAUCAUCUGCACACAGUAUGGUUCUACAGAGCGUGCCACUAACAAAUGAGAUAAUCUGCACACAGUAUGGUUCUACAGAGCGUGCCACUAACCAAUGAGAGCAUCUGCACACAGUAUGGUUCUACAGAGCGUGCCACUAACCAAUGAGAUCAUCUGCACACAGUAUGGUUCUACAGAGCAUGCCACUAACCAAUGAGAGCAUCUGCACACAGUAUGGCUCUACAGAGCGUGCCACUAAACAAUGAGAUCAUCUGCACACAGUAUGGUUCUACAGAGCGUGCCACUAAACAAUGAGAUCAUCUGCACACAGUAUGGUUCUACAGAGCUUGCCACUAACCAAUGAGAUCAUCUGCACACAGUUUGGUUCUACAGAGCGUGCCACUAACCAAUGAGAGCAUCUGCACACAGUAUGGUUCUACAGAGCGUGCCACUAACCAAUGAGAUAAUCUGCACACAGUAUGGUUCUACAGAGCAUGCCACUAACCAAUGAGAUAAUCUGCACACAGUAUGGCUCUACAGAGCAUGCCACUAACCAAUGAGAUAAUCUGCACACAGUAUGGCUCUACAGAGCGUGCCACUAACCAAUGAGAGCAUCUGCACUCAGUAUGGUUCUACAGAGCUUGCCACUAACCAAUGAGAUCAUCUGCACACAGUAUGGUUCUACAGAGCGUGCCACUAACCAAUGAGAGCAUCUGCACACAGUAUGGUUCUACAGAGCUUGCCACUAACCAAUGAGAUCAUCUGCACACAGUAUGGUUCUACAGAGCGUGCCACUAACCAAUGAGAUCAUCUGCACACAGUAUGGUUCUACAGAGCGUGCCACUAACCAAUGAGAGCAUCUGCACACAGUAUGGUUCUACAGAGCGUGCCACUAACCAAUGAGAGCAUCUGCACACAGUAUGGUUCUACAGAGCUUGCCACUAACCAAUGAGAUCAUCUGCACACAGUAUGGUUCUACAGAGCGUGCCACUAACCAAUGAGAUCAUCUGCACACAGUAUGGUUCUACAGAGCGUGCCACUAACCAAUGAGAUCAUCUGCACACAGUAUGGUUCUACAGAGCGUGCCACUAACUAAUAAGAUAAUCUGUAGACAGUAUGGUUCUUCAGAGCAUGCCACUAACCAAUGAGAUCAUCUGCACACAGUAUGGUUCUACAGAGCGUGCCACUAACCAAUGAGAUCAUCUGCACACAGUAUGGUUCUACAGAGCAUGCCACUAACCAAUGAGAUCAUCUGCACACAGUAUGGUUCUACAGAGCUUGCCACUAACCAAUGAGAUCAUCUGCACACAGUAUGGUUCUACAGAGCGUGCCACUAACCAAUGAGAUCAUCUGCACACAGUAUGGUUCUACAGAGCAUGCCACUAACCAAUGAAAGCAUCUGCACACAGUAUGGUUCUACAAAGCUUGCCACUAACCAGUGAGAUCAUCUGCACACAGUAUGGUUCUUCAGAGCAUGCCACUAACCAAUGAGAUCAUCUACACACAGUAUGGUUCUACAGAGUGUGCCACUAACCAAUGAAAGCAUCUGCACACAGUAUGGUUCUACAGAGCGUGCCACUAACCAAUGAGAUCAUCUGCACACAGUAUGGCUCUACAGAGCGUGCCACUAACUAAUGAGAGCAUCUACACACAGUAUGGUUCUUCAGAGCGUGCCACUAACUAAUGAGAGCAUCUACACACAGUAUGGUUCUUCAGAGCAUGCCACUAACCAAUGAGAGCAUCUGCACACCGUAUGGUUCUACAGAGCAUGCCACUAACCAAUGAGAGCAUCUGCACACAGUAUGGUUCUACAGAGCAUGCCACUAACCAAUGAGAUCAUCUGCACACAGUAUGGUUCUACAGAGCAUGCCACUAACCAAUGAGAUCAUCUGCACACAGUAUGGUUCUACAGAGCGUGCCACUAACCAAUGAGAUCAUCUGCACACAGUAUGGUUCUACAGAGCAUGCCACUAACCAAUGAGAGCAUCUGCACACAGUAUGGUUCUACAGAGCAUGCCACUAACCAAUGAGAUCAUCUGCACACAGUAUGGUUCUACAGAGCGUGCCACUAACCAAUGAGAGCAUCUGCACACAGUAUGGUUCUACAGAGCAUGCCACUAACCAAUGAGAGCAUCUGCACAAAGUAUGGCUCUACAGAGAGUGCCACUAACCAAUGAGAGCAUCUGCACACAGUAUGGCUCUACAAAGCUUGCCACUAACCAAUGAGAGCAUCUGCACACAGUAUGGCUCUACAGAGCGUGCCACUAACCAAUGAGAGCAUCUGCACACAGUAUGGUUCUACAGAGCAUGCCACUAACCAAUGAGAGCAUCUGCACACAGUAUGGUUCUACAGAGCAUGCCACUAACCAAUGAGAGCAUCUGCACACAGUAUGGCUCUACAGAGCAUGCCACUAACCAAUGAGAUCAUCUGCACACAGUACUGUUCUACAGAGCAUGCCACUAACCAAUGAGAGCAUCUGCACACAGUAUGGCUCUACAGAGCAUGCCACUAACCAAUGAGAGCAUCUGCACACAGUAUGGUUCUACAGAGCGUGCCACUAACCAAUGAGAUAAUCUGCACACAGUAUGGUUCUACAGAGCUUGCCACUAACCAAUGAGAUAAUCUGCACACAGUAUGGCUCUACAGAGCAUGCCACUAACCAAUGAGAUAAUCUGCACACGGUAUGGCUCUACAGAGCGUGCCACUAACCAAUGAGAUAAUCUGCACACAGUAUGGUUCUACAGAGCGUGCCACUAACCAAUAAAAUAAUCUGCACACAGUAUGGUUCUACAGAGCGUGCCACUAACCAAUGAGAGCAUCUGCACACAGUAUGGUUCUACAGAGCUUGCCACUAACCAAUGAGAUCAUCUGCACACAGUAUGGUUCUACAGAGCGUGCCACUAACUAAUAAGAUAAUCUGUAGACAGUAUGGUUCUUCAGAGCAUGCCACUAACCAAUGAGAUCAUCUGCACACAGUAUGGUUCUACAGAGCGUGCCACUAACCAAUGAGAUCAUCUGCACACAGUAUGGUUCUACAGAGCAUGCCACUAACCAAUGAGAUCAUCUGCACACAGUAUGGUUCUACAGAGCUUGCCACUAACCAAUGAGAUCAUCUGCACACAGUAUGGUUCUACAGAGAGUGCCACUAACCAAUGAGAUCAUCUGCACACAGUAUGGUUCUACAGAGCGUGCCACUAACCAAUGAGAUCAUCUGCACACAGUAUGGUUCUACAGAGCAUGCCACUAACCAAUGAAAGCAUCUGCACACAGUAUGGUUCUACAAAGCUUGCCACUAACCAAUGAGAUCAUCUGCACACAGUAUGGUUCUUCAGAGCAUGCCACUAACCAAUGAGAUCAUCUACACACAGUAUGGUUCUACAGAGUGUGCCACUAACCAAUGAAAGAAUCUGCACACAGUAUGGUUCUACAGAGCGUGCCACUAACCAAUGAGAUCAUCUGCACACAGUAUGGCUCUACAGAGCGUGCCACUAACUAAUGAGAGCAUCUACACACAGUAUGGUUCUUCAGAGCGUGCCACUAACUAAUGAGAGCAUCUACACACAGUAUGGUUCUUCAGAGCAUGCCACUAACCAAUGAGAGCAUCUGCACACAGUAUGGUUCUACAGAGCGUGCCACUAACCAAUGAGAGCAUCUGCACACAGUAUGGUUCUACAGAGCAUGCCACUAACCAAUGAGAUCAUCUGCACACAGUAUGGUUCUACAGAGCAUGCCACUAACCAAUGAGAUCAUCUGCACACAGUAUGGUUCUACAGAGCGUGCCACUAACCAAUGAGAUCAUCUGCACACAGUAUGGUUCUACAGAGCAUGCCACUAACCAAUGAGAGCAUCUGCACACAGUAUGGUUCUACAGAGCAUGCCACUAACCAAUGAGAUCAUCUGCACACAGUAUGGUUCUACAGAGCGUGCCACUAACCAAUGAGAGCAUCUGCACACAGUAUGGUUCUACAGAGCAUGCCACUAACCAAUGAGAGCAUCUGCACACAGUAUGGCUCUACAGAGAGUGCCACUAACCAAUGAGAGCAUCUGCACACAGUAUGGCUCUACAAAGCUUGCCACUAACCAAUGAGAGCAUCUGCACACAGUAUGGCUCUACAGAGCGUGCCACUAACCAAUGAGAGCAUCUGCACACAGUAUGGUUCUACAGAGCAUGCCACUAACCAAUGAGAGCAUCUGCACACAGUAUGGCUCUACAGAGCAUGCCACUAACCAAUGAGAGCAUCUGCACACAGUAUGGCUCUACAGAGAGUGCCACUAACCAAUGAGAGCAUCUGCACACAGUAUGGCUCUACAGAGCGUGCCACUAACCAAUGAGAUCAUCUGCACACAGUUUGGUUCUACAGAGAGUGCCACUAACCAAUGAGAUCAUCUGCACACAGUAUGGUUCUACAGAGCGUGCCACUAACCAAUGAGAUCAUCUGCACACAGUAUGGUUCUACAGAGCGUGCCACUAACCAAUGAGAUCAUCUGCACACAGUAUGGUUCUACAGAGCGUGCCACUAACCAAUGAGAGCAUCUGCACACAGUAUGGUUCUACAGAGCGUGCCACUAACCAAUGAGAGCAUCUGCACACAGUAUGGUUCUACAGAGCGUGCCACUAACCAAUGAGAGCAUCUGCACACAGUAUGGUUCUACAGAGCGUGCCACUAACCAAUGAGAUCAUCUGCACACAGUAUGGUUCUACAGAGAGUGCCACUCUGUAGAACCAUACUGUGUGCAGAUGAUCUCAUUGGUUAGUGCCACAUUAAUGAAAGCAUCUGCACACAGUAUGGUUCUACAGAGCGUGCCACUAACCAAUGAGAUCAUCUGCACACAGUAUGGUUCUACAGAGCGUGCCACUAACCAAUGAAAGCAUCUGCACACAGUAUGGUUCUACAAAGCUUGCCACUAACCAAUGAGAUCAUCUGCACACAGUAUGGUUCUUCAGAGCGUGCCACUAACCAAUGAGAUCAUCUGCACACAGUAUGGUUCUACAGAGCGUGCCACUAACCAAUGAGAUCAUCUGCACACAGUAUGGUUCUACAGAGCGUGCCACUAACCAAUGAAAGCAUCUGCACACAGUAUGGUUCUACAAAGCUUGCCACUAACCAAUGAGAUCAUCUGCACACAGUAUGGUUCUUCAGAGCAUGCCACUAACCAAUGAGAUCAUCUACACACAGUAUGGUUCUACAGAGCGUGCCACUAACCAAUGAGAUCAUCUACACACAGUAUGGUUCUACAGAGCGUGCCACUAACCAAUGAGAUAAUCUGCACACAGUAUUGCUCUACAGAUCAUGCCACUAACCAAUGAGAGCAUCUGCACACAGUAUGGCUCUACAGAUCAUGCCACUAACCAAUGAGAUCAUCUGCACACAGUAUGGUUCUACAGAGCAUGCCACUAACCAAUGAGAUCAUCUGUAGACAGUUUGGUUCUUCAGAGCAUGCCACUAACUAAUGAGAUCAUCUGUAGACAGUUUGGUUCUUCAGAGCGUGCCGCUAACCAAUGAUAUCAUCUACACAUGGUAUGGCUCUACAGAGUGUAGUAAAUGCAAGUGAAAUGACUCAUAACAGAACCAUUUCACAGUGUGUACCAACACCAUUGAGGCCCUUUGCAUAUCAGGAUUCUACAGAGCGUACAGUAAACAGCAGGAUGAUUAUUAGCUGUGCAGAUUAUGCUGAGUAUCAUGCUCUGCAUGUGAGUAGCACGUAGCAUACACUGCAGAGAUAUUUGUUCAGCACCUGCCUGGAUCAUGUGUACUGGACUAUGCACAGCUGUGACCAGAUGUGCAGUGGGAGAUCAGGGAUAUAAAGAUAAACAUGGCAGCUGUAUUUGAAAUUCAUAUGUAUUUAUGUUAUAUAUAUAUAAAGUGAUACAAAGAUUUGUAUUAAUUACAAACUAGCAGAGGGCAUGUACUACAUUUCUUAUUUGUAAAUUAAUAAAAUCACAAUAUGUUUUCUAACUAAUGCUUUAUAAAGUACUAUUGUAGUAAUGAUUUGUAAUUAAUAAAACCUCACAAUCCAGUA